CGGUUUCCGGCCAGUUGACAAAUCACUUCCGCUGCCGUUGCUGCGACACGGGACGUCAACAUCAAUGGCGGACAAAGAGAAACGCCGGUCAGCGGUGAUUGCUCCCGGGGUAACCGAGGGCAGAGGCAGCAGGUCGGAGAGCGACAGGGAGUUUCUUUCGCAGGCGGGGGUGGGAGAGCUGAUCCGCGGAGCCAUCCUCAAGAUGGUCGAGGCCAGAUCGGACGACCCUAUCGGCUUUUUGGCUGAUCACUUCUGCAACCUGGCCUCCAUGACGGACAGCGGCACCGUCGGAUGCGGCAGUGAUGCGGAUCAGCUGAACAACGGCCCGCUGAGCGCAGGCGCCAGGGAGCAGCAGCAUCUCAACCGGGCCCUGUGGCACCUGCGGCUGGCGCACCACUCCCAGAGAUCAGCCUACAGCAACAACGUUCGUGUGGCAUACGACCUCCUCAACCUCUCUGAGCCCUGCAAACAUCAAGGUCUAUCUCCCGAGGCACCGAACAGCUCCAACACUGAGAGUCCAACGGAAGGAGAUGGAGAAGGAGCUGAAGGAGGAGGCGUGAGAGGCAGCCUCUACACACAAACUCUGCAGUGCCUAUGCAGUGAGGGCGGAGUCCCCGCCUCCACCUCUGCUCCUCUCCUCCGACGGCUUCACUGCCAUGACCACGAGGCCGUCCCUUACGACGUCUUCCGUCACAGCGUGCUCACGUGUGCCGUUUUCUCAGACUACAUCCGGCAAGCUCAGCGGCUUUAUGCCGGGGUGUGCUGCCCAGAUGAGGGCCCUGCCUCGCGGGCACUGUGCCUGGCGGUGCUUGGGACUCUAAAAGAAGCACUGGAGACUUCCCAAGGCUGUGAUUCAAACUGUUGCGAUAACGCUAAUGCUAAAGCCAAUCCCUGCUUAGAGGCAAAUGUGAAAGCUAUAUGCUACUUGAAGGCCAGUGCCAAAAUCUCUCCUCACAAGUUAUCACAGGCCAUGUCUAGAGCACAGACACAGGGUCCUGGAGGAAACAUGGACGCUAAAGAGUUUGAGAAUGCAGCAGCCGACCUGUUUAUCACCCGAGUUAAAGUUGUGUCUUAGGUGUCAUUUCUAGUUUCUUCUAAUUUAUAAAUGUACACCGUUCUACAGUAUGUCAUAGAACAAACAGUAACCUUCUUAAAGACUGAUAUUACCUCAUCUCAUCACUUAUACUAACACUAAUAAUUCCACUGGUCGCUAGGCAACACUCGUAUCAAGGUACUGAGCAUUAUCUGUUUCAAAAUGUGUUGCCCUCAGUCUUCCAGGACUUCCAGUUAUAAGACAUAUCUUAUAGUUUAAUUAGUAUAUAUAUAUAUAAAUAUAUAUUUUAAAGGAGCUGGAUUUCUAUCUUUAAACAAAGUUAUAAAACAGGUUGUGACCUAGUGAGAAAGACAUGUUUCAGAAUUCUUUGAUGGAAACACACCAAAUGCUAAUGUGCUCUGAUUAGAAUAGAGGAAAAGCUUACUUGUCCUGAUAGGAUUUUCUCUUCCCAAUUUGUCUUAAAACGUUUAAAAUUAGCAUGUCCUUGAAUUGUCAUUCAUGUUUAUAAUGAAAUGCUCAUCUAUGUCUGUCUGCUGUAAUAGGAUACUACUGUAAUAAAUUAUUGUCAAUUUGCUCACCA